UUUCGUUGUUGUAAACAUGGCGACACUUUUAACUAGAAAUAUUUUUAAUUUCGAAAAAAAUCAUUCUUUCAAAAUCUAGAAAAUAGACACUAUAGUGCAAGUAGAUUUUAGAAAAAAAAAAUUACCUAUUUUACAAUGCUGAAGAUUUAACUUGAAUGUAGAUAUGCCUAUCUGUGCAGGGUGCUAUGAGAAUAUUGAUGAUGAAGAAUGUGUGCAAGCAUGCAAUAAAGACUGGCACAGUACUUGCUUUAAAUGUACAGUUUGUCAGCAACAAGUAAUUGGUACUUUCUUUGAAAAAGACAGUCUUAUUUAUUGUCAAAAAGAUUAUUGGAAUAAGUUUGGGGAAGAGUGCCAUGGUUGCAGACAGUUUAUUUCAGGCCCUGUUAUGGUAGCAGGAGACCAUAAAUUUCAUCCUGAAUGCUUUAAAUGUGAUAAUUGCAGAAACUAUAUUGGAGAUGGGGAAUCUUUUGCAUUGGUCGAAAGGUCCCGAUUGUACUGUGCAGCAUGCUAUAAGCAACAAAUGGCUCCAAUAUCCCAAAGAUUGCCAUUCACUAAAGAACCUCAUAGUAUCAAACUAGUAGAAAUUCCUGCAGAUUCUGAAACUUCUAAUAAAAAAGUGAAAAUAUCUGUUGGUUGCUGCCAGAAUCAAAAGCUGCAGCAUGGAUUUCACGAACUUCAUAUAUCAGAUGUGGUUUUAAAUAAAGAUCUGAUGUCUCUUCAUAUUGGUGAUCGUAUACUAGAAGUAAAUGGCAAACCUCUACAAAACAACUCCUUAGAAGAGAUAAAGAAAUUGAUACAGACACGUGAUAAACCUGUUCAGUUGACUGUUGAACAUGAACCAGCAGUGUUAAUUCGUUCCCAAUCCAUGAAUUUUUCCUCACUUUUGGAUUCUUCUCAGUUCCUAUCUUCAAAUGCACAUGCACUACCCAAAUGCUCUUUAUCUCACAGACCAGCUGAACAGAGAUUGCGUAGAUCUGCAUCACUGCCUAGGUCAUUUAUAAGAGACUUCAAGUCUUCUAAAGCACAGCAGCACGAUUUUACCAGGACUCGCUCAUUUAGGAUACUACCAAAGAAUCAACAGAUAUUUCGUCCAUCUGAUUUGGUUUUAGGAAAAUUAUUAGGAAGGGGCUUUUUUGGUCAAGCUUUCUUGGUUACUCAUCGACACUCAGGGCAAGAAAUGGUGAUGAAGGAACUUUAUCGUCUUGAUGAAGAAGCCCAGCAAAAUUUUGUAAAAGAGAUAGCCGUUCUUCGAUCUUUACAACAUCGGAAUGUUUUGCGUUUUGUAGGUGUUUUGUACAAAGACAAGAAGUUGCAUCUUUUAACAGAAUAUAUAUCUGGUGGCACAUUACAGGAUUAUAUUCAUGACUCUUCUAUUGAAAUAUCCUGGUUACAAAGAAUCAAUUUUUCAAAAGAUAUUGCUGCUGGAAUGGCUUAUUUACAUUCAAAAAAUAUUAUUCACAGAGACUUGAAUUCUAAUAACUGCUUAGUGAGAAAAGAUAAAAGUGUGGUUGUUGCUGAUUUUGGUUUGGCUCGUGUUAUGUUAGAUAAACAAAUUCCUCGAAAAGAUAGUGGAGGUCCAAUUCGCCGUCCAGAACGGAAAAAGCGAUAUACUGUAGUAGGGAAUCCUUACUGGAUGGCACCUGAGAUGAUGACACACAAAAAAUAUGAUGAACGUGUUGAUAUAUUCUCAUUUGGAAUCAUUUUGUGUGAGAUUAUUGGGAGAGUACCUGCUGAUCCUGACUAUCUUCCCAGAAGCUCAGAUUUUGGUUUGAAUGUCCCUGCAUUCAAAGAAAAGUUCUGCAGUGGCUGUCCAGAAGCUUUCUCUGAAAUAGCUUUCAAGUGUUGCGAUAUCUAUCCAGAGAAAAGACCUGUGUUCACUGUUUUGAAAGAAUGGCUUGAAGUAAUGUCAGUCCACCUCACUGUAAAGAAUGAGCUGCCAUCUGAACUUGUUAAUGCUAUUUGCAAUUUUAACAGUCAAUCUGAAUCGAAUGAUGAAUCUAGUCCAGAGGUUUUCCUCAGCCCACCUUACCCCUUGUUGAGGACUUUAAGUGAACAAGGAGCAUGUCGUCUCUCCAUUGAUAAAUCAGCCAGUAUUAUCGAGCUGUAGUUGAACAACAUUUACUGUUCUAUGUGUAGAUAUGCAUUUAUUUGCUGAUCUUUGUCUUACUAAAAGUAUUAUUGUGUAUGAACGUUUCCUGACUAUUUGGUUGUGAUAGUUCAUACAAAAUUUUCAAGUUGGUUCAUUUAGUGAUUUAUUAAUUGUUCUUCUUAUUGUUAGAAAAGUAAUGUUCGUUUCGAGGAAAUUUAUUUACACAUUUUUAAAAUGAGAUGUUUUCUUACUGGAAGAAGAGACAUUGGUCUGUGAUAUCCGAAAAAAUAGGUGAUGAAGAUACGUUGUGAAUCAGGUUGUAUUGUAAACUAUUUUUUCUACCAAAGAAAUAUUUGCAGUAUUUUUUACUCAAUUUGUCUGUUUGCAAUUUCCCAAACUCAAACAAUACUCAUGAUUUAUAGUAGUGUUUCCUCUAGAAUUCUAUAUUAAACCUAUGGGACCAACUUCCAAGUGUUUCCUAUUUUUUGAUAAAUGAAACUUUUUUUAAAAAAAUCUUUUUAUUUAUUCUUCCUUUUCUGUAUUAUUUAUGUUAAAGAUCUUCAGCAUUUCUGUCUAAUGAAGUACACUUAUAAAAAGAUCAAUUUUUAAAUUUAUGGCCUGUAAAAAUGUGUAUUUAUUAAAUGUGAUGUUCUUGAAAAUAUUUAUAUUUCAAUGUUCUUUUUAUGUGUUUCUUUUUAGAAAUGCUUUUAACAUUUAUUAUUGAUAGCUUUUAAAAUAUAUAUAUAUUUCUUUUUAUAAAUAAAAAUUUCUGAUGCUUGAAAAGAUCAAUUUUCUGUCAUUUCAAAAUUUUGAUUUGUUAAUUGAUUAUCUUUUACGAAUGCCACAUUCCU